CGCGCCCGCACCCAACGCAACCCAAUCCCCUCGUCCCGCACGCCGUGCACACUCCGGUCCCCUCAUCCCGCACGAACCCUAGGAGAGAGAGAUAUGAAGAUGAGAGGGAGAGAAAGGGGAGAGGAGAGGAGAGGGAGGUCCGGCAUCGGACGAGAGAGGGUGACCGGCCGGCGUCGGCCUACACCGGCGAGGCGUCGGCCUGCGCCCCUCCUCGCGCACGAACCCUAGCUUGAGAGACAAAAUGAGGGGGAGAGAGAGAAGGGAGGAGAGAAGGUAGAAAAAGAGAGGAAAGAGGAAAGGGAGGUGUGGCGGCUGACAGGAGAGAGGGUCAUCGGCCGGCGCCGGAGAGGACGGGCCCGACCUGGACGCGACUUGUUUCCCUAAGUCAUGCCUUUUGUGUCGCUGUCUGAUUUCAAUCGAUUCGUCUCCUUCCUCAUGCCUCGGAGCACGCUGUAGCCUGCAGGCGGAGUGGCAGCUAGGGUUGAGGCGGAGGGUGGAGCUCCGCCAAACAUCCGACCCCCUCGCACGCGACACAACCAAACCAUAACCGCCUGAUCCCAAUGCGCAGGGGCCUCGGCAGCGAGGCGUUGGUGCGCCGGCACCGCGCAUGGGUGCAGUUGUGGGUCGCGGUCACGGCGCUGGUUACCGGCACCAUCUGGCUCUGGUCCUCUUCCUCUGUUGUCCUCUUCGGCACCCACAAGGUCCAGGAUUUUGUUGUAGAUGAGUUGUGGAGAACUGUAGAUUCAAAUGGUUGGAGAGCAUCUUCUGCACCACGCACCUAUUGGCCUCCCCCACCAACUGAAUCUGGGAGCAAUGGGUACUUGCGUGUCCGGUGUAAUGGUGGCUUGUCCCAACAACGAAGUGCAAUAUGUAAUGUUGGCGCUCUACCCAUGGAUUCCGGCAUUAGCUUGAAACGCUCAGGACAAAUUGGGUCUCGGCCAAUGGUGGAGAAGACGGAGUACAGGGAUGAGCCGCUCGAGCACGGUUUGAUGGGAUGUUCGUGUGCAAGAUGCAGAAGUUCGCCAGAAGGAAGAAGAGUUGGGCGUCGAGGAGGAGAAGAAGGUGGUAUGCGAGGUGCUUGCAGGCCCAGCAGCAGGAGGCCGUCCUUGAGGUGCUCCUAUGGAUGGUCCAUUCCAGCGCUGGGCCUACGUGUUCAAUGCUGGCCUCACCAUCCCCUUCUUCCAUUGGCUCAUCGGCCCGUCAGAGUUUAGAGAUCUAAUACUCCGCACUGCCUCCCAUCCAUUUUUAGAUAUAUAUAUUUAUAUAAGGUUUAUCAUCACCCCAUGGAUCAUGUGUUGUUGAUCGACCAGGUUAUUGAGGUGGAGGUCAACGGGGUGAGGCAGAGAAGUGGAGUGCUCAUAAAGAAACGAAGCUGCUGCCUGGACUCGCCACUGCCACCGCCUCCAGUCGCUUCCGCCUAGGCAUCCCGUCGCUAGCAAGGAGCAACUGUUGCUAUUGGGACUGGUGCUUGUGUAGUUGUUGCAGCUAUUCUUGAGGGCUGAGCUGAACAUAUUUGAAAAAGGAUAUUCUGACGCCUAAUAAGGAUCAAGAAAACAACAGAGAUGCUAAGAGGCAACCUUUUGGGGUUAAGGAUAUAAACAACAACAGGGCUUAUGAGACCGAAGAGAGCUCAAGUGGUGUCUUUUGAUUCUUGAAGGCCUGCACUUUCCUGGUGGAGUAGCAACAAAAUAAUUCAGAGGCUUUAAAGCUAAUGCACUUCACGUAGUUAGGAUCAAUUCUUUGUUUCGGUUUGAAAUACUUCCCAGUUCCUCCUAUUUGAUUGAUUCAUCUAAUUGACAUUUUGUCAGGCAAAUAUUAGGCAAAGGAUAUGUACCUUUUUUUAAUAUAGAAGGGUCUAAUUCUUAUCGUGUGUACUUGCUCAAACAAAAGAUUAUUGAAAAUAUGUAUAUUUUCAACUCGAUGUGGUUUUGAAUUA